ACCUGUCCCACACCAGACCACCACGGAAAAUGGCGACUGUGAAAUAGAUGGAAGACGAAAGUAAGAAAUAAUUCAAUGCAGCGUAUAAAUUCUGUUCUGCCUCCGUCUACAUCAGUUGGAGGUCAUGGCAGCUGAAAAAUCAUGUCUGAUGGGUGUUGAUGAUGUCGACCAAGAUCCAGAUCAUGACAUUAAUGCAUUAACACUCCUUCAUGACUCAGUGAAGACAGCACAUGAGUCUGCCUCUUGCACUUCUUUUAGCACAUCGUCUCUAAAACAAAGCAGUGUUCUAGAUGUUCUAACAAACACAGGUAUGUUAUCUUCAGUUGGGCUUGGAAAUGGACCUUUGUCGCAGCAGGCUACACAGGCUCAUGUUCUCAAUACCACUGCUAUAGAGAAAGAAGAGGAAAAGAGCAUCACCCCUUUAAAAACUGUACAGGACAUUGACACAGCAGGGAUAUGGGGCUUUGAUACAGAAUCCCCUGAGAACUCAUUGGAUAAUUUUGACAAUGCCAGUGACCUACAUUGGGACCCACAGAAAGAGUUUAUGAACUUUCUGUGGGAAAAUCCUGGUAAUUCCCCUGAAGAGGAAUCAAAAGAUGAAUCCCCCCUUCCCAGCAGCCAAAGGAGAAGGAAGCGUAAAAUGGACAUGGUUGUCAUGGUGGAUCCUUCUGAAGACCUUUACCCUGAUCUGAGCCACAAUUCAUCUGACGAGCUGUCGGAUGCAGAAGGUCAAGCAGAUGCCAUUCCUAUUAGAAAACUUAAAAAGUCAAUUGAGUACUCCAAGUCACCAUCAUCACCACCAGGGAAGGUGUUGCAGCGUCCGAAUGGAGCUGCUAAGGCCAUUAAGCAAGUUCUGUACAAUUCACCUGCAAAUAAUUCUCACGAUGACAGUAACGGCCAUCCACUUUCUCCAGUGAAGGUGAAGCUCACACUAAAUUCCCAUUUGGAGGAAAAGCCACUGCGCUACCCUUGCUCAAAAUGCAAGCUUGUUUUCAGAAAAGAGCAUCACUUGCGCCGUCAUAUGAAGUCUCAUGUGAGCCAUACAAAUAUGUCACCAAAGCCUUUUGUAUGUCGAGAGUGUGGACAGUCUUUCGUACAAAGCACUUUGCUUAUUCAGCACAUGGCUGUUCACAAAGAAAAACGAGCUAGACUCGGCGGCAAGCUCAAAGUCAGGAACGACGUGAUGAAGAAAGAUGCAAAGCUGUUCUGUCCUCAGUGCCCAUUUAGUACAAACUGCCCAAACACAUUUGUUCAACAUGCAAAGACGCACCAGAAAGACAAGAGGAAGUUUAAAUGUGACAAAUGUAGUUUUGUGACUUUUUGUCAAAACGAUCUUAGGAAACACAACAUUAUGGAGCACACCCUGAUACCUGUCAGAAAGCCAAGUCUCAGCGACAACACAGAAAUCUACACCUGCAACAUUUGUUCCUAUAGAGUGUUUAGUAAAAAUGUCUUCAGGAAGCACCUCAUGCGCCGCCAUCAGCAAACAUAUGAGGAAUAUGAAGCUGCGCAGCAAUGGGAAAAAAACUCACAACCCUCUGAAGAAACUCCCACAGAAGACGCAGAGCUUACAUCUAAAAUUUCAAUAAAGAAUCAGAUAUCUUCUGAUCGAUCUUAUGCACCCGCUGAGCCCAACGACAUAUCAGACCUGUUCAAAAAUAGCAAGAUUCAGCGAGGCUUCAAGUCUCAGCUGACGGGAUCCAAACUUGAUAAAUCUAUUAAUGUUCUCCUGUCCCGACAAAGACAUAAGAAAGCUACAGAACAGAACGAAAGUAAAAAUGACAGCACAUCUGGCACUGAUCAGCUGCCAGGAACAUUAUCUACCACGGUUAAAGAUGACUCUUUAGCCCCAACUGGACCUAACUUUCCCUCUGUGUCCAGUGCACAUUCACGUUCUGAAAGUGAAACUAAUUUAGCUAACAAAGAUCUCAACAGCAGCAGUGUACCAAAGGUGAAUAUGGAUCAGUCCAUUGUUAAAAAGUCACCCUCUAAAAGAAAAAUGUCUACGCCAUAUCACAACACCUCUGACCAGGACGCCUGCUUCAUCUUACCAAAGCCCUUGCCAAAUCAGAAGAGAAUAAAUGAGCAAGAAGAGGAAGAUGACAAUGACAACAGUACUAUUCAGCUUAAGGAAACAAACACCAAUCUUUUUGACAAAGAUACCAAGCAAGAAAAGCAAAGCAUUAUUUAUACUUAUAGCAGAAGAAUGUCAAUAAGGGGGGCUCUUCAAGCAUCUAAGAGGCUGUUUGAAAAAAUUAAGAUGGAAGGAAAUGCUCCAGAUGAGCCUGUUAUUAAAGAAGAAUGUAUAGAAACAGAGGUGUUUCAGGAGACUCUGGAAACUAACCCAGUACCACUGAGAGAGUCAUUCACAGAAGAUUUGUUGUCUGUAGAAUCUGACCACAAGAGCUGUCCAUACUGUCCUGCAGUCUUUGAAUCAGGUGUUGGUUUAUCCAAUCAUGUGCGGGGGCAUCUCCACAGAAUUGGACUGAGCUACAAUGCCCGUCAUGUAGUCCCUCCUGAGCAGGUGGCUUGUCAAGAUAGGAGGCCACGAAUACGUCGGAGGAUGUCAGCAAUCCGGCGAUUAAGAAAAGCUUUACAUAUGGAGUCAGAAACUGAGGCUGUGAAAGGCGUACACUCCUGUCCUUUAUGUGGGGACUCUUUUGACAAUAGGACUGGUCAAUCCAACCAUAUACGAGGCCACCUGAAACGGCUUGGUAGAACCAGUUCCACAAAGACCAAGUCUCCAUUAUGUUUACUACGGGAGUUGAUGCGUGACAAGAAAGAGGUCCAAAGGGCACUUCAAAUUCUGGGGAAGAAACGUAACCAUUUCCAUUAUGGUCCUUCACCAAAGCUGUCCAGUGCUGAUUGUCUAUCAUCACUUCCCGCUGGAAUCCACAACAAUAACGAUAUUCCAAACGUGUGUGGGGAUGCCAGCCCUCUGGUGGCUACAUUUUCCUUUGCAGAGAUCGAAUCUGAACAAAAGGAGCUAGACACAUUGGAGGUCAAAAGUCCACUUGCAGGCACAAGUGCCUUAAUAGGAAUUUUAAAGAAGAGAAAGUGUCAAGAGGAUACCAAACAAAAGGGUUCUCCUCAAAGCGCAUCAACAGUUAGCUCAGAUAAUGAGCAAAGUACAGGAUCGAGAGUUGCAUCUUCACUGCCACACACGGUAUCCGAGAAAGAUGGAUUCAACAGAAAGGUGUGCAUCCAUUGCAAUGCCACCUUUCAUAGUGGAGUUAGCUUGUCUAAUCAUCUCCGGGCAUAUGCAAAGCGGAAAAAGGCUGCCGAACUUGAGGGAACCAGUAAGUAUUGUAAUUCACGUCGGCAAAGAUCUUCACUUAGCCUGGAAAAAGAGUUUCUUCCUUUAUCACAAACCCCUGAGGAAAUGUACAGACUCACCUGCAGGUUCUGUGACCUCGUCUUCCAGGGUCCCUUGUCUGUCCAGGAGGACUGGAUUAAGCAUUUACAAAGACACAUUUCAAACACUAGCGUCCCUCACACUGGCCUGAGCAUGGUUGAGAUCGCUGCACCAUCCCAGGACCCCCUGACUGAUGACAUCCAUGAGGAUGGCACUCUGGCAUCCUCCUGAAGCCCACGUGGACUUCUUCCUUUUUUAUUAUUAUUAUUACACAUCACUAAAUCUUUGUGCGUUGGAUUUUUGGUCAACAUACUGACCAAAAGUACAAUACUACUAAAUGCUGGUGAUAUUGUACAUGUUUUGAACAUUUUUACUUUUUUUUUUUCCAGUUUUACAUUGUCCCUUUGUGGAAUAAGACUUGGUGGAUGGUUUUCUUGUUUUCUGCAUUAAUGUAGUGUGGAUUCCAUUUCUAAUGACAACUUUUACCUCAGAUUACUGUUUGUCUAUUUUGGGUGCACUUCUCUUCUGUAUCUGAAUUAUGUUAAAGAAAAAAAUUAAGUAACCCUCCACAUUCAGUUUUCAGGGCGGAUACCAAGACGAAUAUCUACUGAAAUACAGUCUGAGAAUCACACGUAGAUAUUGUCGUCUGCUGUUGUAAAAAGUUUCUGCAAACUUGUUAUGCUUAGGAUAUGUUUAUAGUAUUUCUGUAACUGUUUUUUUGUAAGACACAAAAUGAUGAACUUAAGCUGAUAAAGGAAAAAAACCUGUGCAGCCCCACUGACAAUGCUCUUCACACAUCACCGAUAUUUAAUGUUUAAAUAUACAGUUUUGAAGUAACUUAAUUUUAAAUGUACUAUAUCACAGAAAAUGCUCAAAACAUUGGUGUUGUUCUAAAUAAAAACCAUUGAAA